UCAAAGGAUUUAUAAUUACAUGGAAAAUACACCAGAUCCAAAACUUUUUGCGGACGCUUUUGAUGUUGUUAUUUGUUUUGCUGAUAUUCUUGUUGGAAGAAAGGCAUUAUAUUUGAAUGGAAUUGUUGAACAUUUGAUUAAUACGUUAGAAAAAAAUGUACAACCUGAUAUGUACCCAACAAUUUGUUAUGGUAUUGGUAAAAUGGCUUUAUAUGGUCCUGCUGCUCAAAAGUUAUCUAACGAAAAUGUUAUCAAGAACAUUUUGAAUAUAUUAAAGAAUGAUAAUUUAAAAUGGCUUACGAGGAACUCAGCAAUGUUUGCGCUCAAUGAAUUAUUCAAUUACAACGUGGAUAAUUGCAAGAAUUUCUUACAACUACGUGGUGAAGAAUAUUUAACAUGGCUGAUUAAACAACCUCACGAAAAUGUACCAUUAGAAAUUCGAUUGUUAGCUGUUCAAGCAUUGAUCAUUAUAGGACAUCAUUCGACACUGAGAAAUUUAAUAAUUAAAGAGAACACUAUAGAUGCUUUGUGUACAUUAUUCGAGGUAGAUUGUUCAACUAUGGACGAAUUGAAAGUACUUUCUUGCCAAGCCCUUUCAAUGUUCUGUAUUGAUAAUAUUGGAAGAGAUGCAUUUCUCAAAGUUCAUGGUUCGUCUAGAUUACAUUAUUUACUCUCAGAUUUGCAUUCUAUUCCGGUAAGAAAUGCUGCAGUUCAAUUGGUUCAAUUAUUAAGUGUUGAUCCAGUUUUGGCAAAUGUAUUUGUACAGACAAAGUAUUUGUCUUACAUGUUAAAUAAUCGAGUCUCGUCAAGGAUCAUACCAUCAUGGGAUACUUGUAUAGAAACUCUUUUUAAUUCUCAUUUACCAGCCAAAUUCGCAUUCACUGGUCGACUUUCAUUACACGAUAUAACUAAAGAUGGUUUUUAUGUUUUACGUCAGAACAUUUGUCCAUUCCCUGUACUAAACGAUUUAUUUCGUUUUAAAUUGUGUCCCUUGGAACCUGUUUAUGUAGUGAAUACAGCACGAUCUUAUUCCACGAUUCCUACAAAUAAUAUUAGUGAAAAAGACAUCGAGGAUGCUAAAAAUUCGAUUGUAAAAGAGAAUGCUUCGAAAGGAAUAUUUGUUUCAGACAAAGUUUUAAAUAGUUGGUUGCAUUUAAUGUUUGGUCGAUUGCAAUUAGAUCCAUAUCUCUGUGAAUAUAUUGAACUUUUAAACUGCAAAUUGGUAGCUAUGGAAUCGAAAGAUUUAAUAAUUAAUGAAGAACCAAAUUUGAUAAACAUUAGUAACAUCGCAUCGCGUGCAAAAAUGUUGGCCGAGUUCGUCGCACGUCAAAUGUCAGGACCUGACCCUAGUAGCACGUGCAUGGAUCAUCAAUUAGAAGUCCACUUAAAAGAGAUCAAAGAAUCCAUAGGAACAAGCGUGAUUCCUCUCGGACAGCUGCGUGUCGGUUCUUAUCUAGAAAGAGCAGUACUUUUUAAAGUAUUAGCUGAUAAAAUAUGUCUUCCAACCGCUUUAGUACGAGGAGAAUACGGAACCACUUGGGUGGAGAUUGCUAUACCACAAAUCGAGGUACCACCCGAAGACACUUGCUUUUCCAAAUAUCUAACGAAAGAAGGACCAUGUACCGAUUGGAUCGUAAGAAAUAUUACAUUAGAAAAUAAAUUAUCGUCGAAGAAAUCAUUUUCUGAGGAUCAAAAUGUAAGCAAUAUCGUCGUACCUCAGAAAUUACAACAAUCAAUCUUUCCAACAAAGUUAAUGAAACCUAACGUUAUAGUAGAUUUGAUAGAAAAACCUGGUCAAUUUAUACCAAUCCAUAGCGAGUUGGGUAAAAGAUAUAGAAGUAAAAAAAUCGUUUGUGAUUUGAUAUGUGAUUUGCCUGAAUCAUAACAUUUAUUUGGAAAAAAUUAUUUUCCUAAUUCGUUAAAAAUUUUAGUUUUUCAUCGAGCGUGUUACAAUUAAAGAAUUCUUUCCCUUCUUUUUUUC